AUGGGAAGCCAAGGUGUCGCACCCUGGGAGCUGGCUGGCGCCAAAAAACGCGAGGCCCUCGCCGCGUCUAUUCCUGAAGAAUGGCGAGUUCCCAAGGACCUUCUGCCUCCAGAGUCGCAAGCCGACGUCACCGCGUGGCCUGAGACUUCCGGUUGGUUCACGGCGAAGGAGUUAGCCAUCACCAACAGCACGGCCGCCGAACUGCUUCCGAAACUCGCCUCCGGUCAACUCAAGUCCCUCGAUGUCACGAAAGCCUUUUGCAAGCGAGCCGUCGCGGCGCAUCAGUUGACGAACUGCCUGUCUGAAACAUGCUUUGACCGCGCCUUCGCGACGGCACAGGCUCUCGACGAGCACCUGGAGCGCACAGGCAAGCCCUUGGGACCUUUCCACGGAUUGCCGAUCUCGCUCAAAGACAACUUCAACCUCAAGGGCCUGGAUGCGACGGUGGGGUUUGCGUCGCACGUCGGAAACCCCUCCGAAUACGAUGCCGCCCUGGCGACCCUGCUGGAGGAGGCCGGCGCGGUGUUCUACGUCAAGACGAAUGUUCCCACGGCGAUGAUGAUCGCGGAGUCGGUCAACAAUGUCUUUGGAAGGACCGUCAACCCAAGAAACAGGAAUCUCACCAGCGGUGGAAGCUCCGGUGGCGAGUCGGCUCUGAUCGUCAUGAAGGGUAGUCCGUGGGGCAUCGGCACUGACAUCGGCGGCUCGCUGCGUAUCCCGGCCGCGUGCACCGGCAUCUUCACCCUUCGCCCCUCUUUCGGCCGCUUCCCAACCCUGGGCUGCCGCUCCGGCAUGGGCGGCCAGGAAGCCGUCCAGUCCGUCAACGGCCCCAUGACGAGAACGAUCGACGACCUGGAGCUCUACAGCAAGAGCGUCAUCAACCGCCAGACAUGGCUCUACGACCCGCGAUGUGUGCCCAUCGCGUGGAGGGAAACGGAACUCCCCGCGAAGUUGAAGAUCGGUGUCAUGUGGAACGACGGCAUGGUCCGCCCGACACCACCUGUCGCGCGAGCUCUGCGUCAGACCGUUGAGAAGUUGAAGGCGGCGGGCGUCGAGGUUGUUGACUGGGAGCCAAAGGAUCACAAGCUGGGACUGAGUCUGCUCGACCGCAUGUUUGUUGCCGACGGCGGUAUCUCGAUCAAGAAGGAGUUGGAGAAGACGGGCGAGCCGUGGAGGCCUGAGAUGGCGGCUUACUCGACUGCGAAGGAGCUGGGGACUUACGACAUGUGGCAGCUUCAUCUGGAGAGGACGGCGUUCCAGAAGAGGUAUUUGGAUCGAUGGAACGCUGCGGGUAUUGACGCUAUCCUAUGCCCUACUACACCGUUUACCAGCCCCAAGAACGGUACUUUUAAGCAUGUUGGAUACACUGGUGUCUAUAACGUACUUGACUACUCUUGUGUUUCGUUUCCCACUGGGCUGUGUGCGGAUAAGAGCGUAGACACUCCUUACUCGGAAGAACAGCCUCUGGGACCAGUGUGUGAGGCUAUCCAGGCCGAAUACGAUCCAAGUACCGUCGAUGGAAUGCCUAUCAGCCUGCAGCUGGUUGCUAGACGUCUGGAAGAGGAAAAGGCUAUUGCUACUGUUAAGCACUUCUUGAAGAUUACCCAAUAG